UUGAAUUUCAUAGAUUGUGUUUGGUCGGCUGAUAUGUCUUGAGUGUUUUCUGUAUAUGAGUGGGUGUUGCCUUAGUUUAUGUCCUUUUAAUUAUUUAAAUUUAAGCUGCUGUUCAAGAAAAAUAAAACACUUUGUCGUUAUUUAGUGUUGGAGUGAUUGUCUUAUUCUACAAACAUGACUGAUCAACAACUGGACUGUGCUUUAGAUUUGAUGAGAAGGCUUCCUCCACAGCAGAUUGAGAAGAAUUUAAGUGACCUCAUUGAUUUGGUCCCAAGUCUGUGUGAAGAUUUACUUUCAUCUGUUGAUCAACCAUUGAAGAUUGCUCGAGAUAAGAAUGUGGGUAAAGAUUAUUUAUUGUGUGAUUACAACCGAGAUGGUGAUUCUUAUAGAUCACCCUGGAGCAAUACCUAUGAUCCGCCCUUAGAUGAUGGUGCCAUGCCUUCUGAUAGAUUGCGCAAACUAGAGGUUGAUGCCAAUGAAGCUUUCGAUCAGUAUCGAGAGAUGUAUUUUGAAGGUGGUGUUUCAUCAGUCUAUCUGUGGGAUUUAGAGCAUGGUUUUGCUGGUGUAAUAUUAAUUAAAAAAGCUGGUGAUGGCUCCAAGAAAAUCAAAGGCUGUUGGGAUUCCAUUCAUGUUGUAGAAGUUCAGGAAAAGUCCAGUGGAAAGAGUGCACAUUAUAAAUUAACUUCGACUGUCAUGCUUUGGUUGCAGACCAAUAAGUCUGGCUCGGGGACUAUGAAUUUAGGAGGUAGUCUUACUAGGCAGAUUGAAAAUGAUUCUAAUGUAAAUGAAGCAAAUCCACACAUUGCCAAUAUUGGAAGGAUGGUUGAAGAUAUGGAGAAUAAAAUAAGAAAUACUUUGAAUGAAAUUUAUUUCGGCAAGACCAAAGAUAUUGUGAAUGGACUUAGAUCUGUGCAAUCACUUUCAGAGCAACGGCAACAAGCUGAUUUAAGGAAUGAUCUUGCCAAAGCAUUACAGAAACGGCAAGCAAAAGGAAGUGAUAAUUGAGCAAAUAUUUUAAAAUUAGCUAAACAAUUGAAGACUUUUGUUGACUUCAAAAGGGCUGGAGAUGUGUUACAAUUUUUUAAGUACUCUUAAGAUGUUGGAGCUGUGGCAACAUCAUUGAUUGUGUGAAGAACUAUGUCAAUUUUUUAUACUUUUCUGCUCUAAAAGCAACAUUUUCUAAAUUGGUUUAUGAGUAAUCAUUGAUACAUUUUUAUUUUCAAAAAUGCAUUAUAUGUUAAAGGGAGAUUCAUAGUGUAAAUUUGUAAGAUAUCAUGUUAAAUAAUUAUCAAUAUAUGUUUUCUGGUAUUAUUUGUUAUGUUGUUCUUAUUUCAACACAAUAUUUUCCCACAAAUGUCAUGUAUAGUAUAUAAGAUACUUG